UUCAAUUCACCAGCAAUAAAGGUGAAAUAAUGCAACGUAAGGCAGAAAUGUGGCAAGGAGACAGAAGAGGAAAGGAAAGACAUAAAGAAAUAAUAGACGACGAUGGCUAUGAAACAUUUUCUUACGAAUACAAAAGUCAUUCUCUUAAAAAGCCUUCUGAUAGUGGCGAUAUGCCAAGAAGACAUAGCGGAUGUCGACACGAAAGAGUUUCACCUCAUUAUAAACAGUAUUCACCAGAACGUACCGAAAGAGUUUAUUCAGACCAAAGAGGUGAAGAACGAAGGCGAAGCAGACGAAAAGCGUCACUGCAAGCAAGAAACAGUCGAGAUCCUUAUCUUCGUGAUCGAGUCACAUUAAAUCAGGCUGCAACAAAAAUUCAAGCCGCCUUUAGAGGCUAUUUGAGUCGAAAAGAAUUCUGGAAGAAAAAAGAACAAUACUGGAGAAAACAACGUCUUGCUAAUUCUCACCGCUACAUACAGGAUGAAAUUAUUUUACCAAGUGAAUCUAUAUCCACUAUCAAUGAUGUUUAUUUGUCAGGUUUAGCAACAAAUGCUGAUCCAAAUCUUGGACUUACUGCCCCAUUACCUACCCUUGAUAGCUCAGAGAAAAAUUAUGUUUUGAGAGAACUAAAGUCAAAACAGAAGUUUUCUGAUGAUGUAACAUCUGUGAAUCAGUUGCAGACUGAAACAUCUCCAACUGUGGUUUUAUUUGGUGGAAUAAAUCCUGCUCAGGCUAAAGAUUAUUUUCUAGGUAGUGCCAUGCUUGUUUAUAAUGUGCGUAAGGAUAAAUAUUAUUUUGCUGGUACUAUGCCUGAGCCUAGAAAUUAUCAUGGAGCUGUUUAUUUAAAUGGAAAAGUAUACAUCACAGGAGGUUAUAGCCCUCUCCAUGUCAUUCAUGGCCAGAUGGUUUCUACUCAAACUACAUUCCAAUUAACUGUCCGCUCUAAACGUUGGAGAAGAAGAGCCGAUAUGCAUCAGGCAAGGGCAUGUCAUGGAACUUGUGUAGUUGAUGAAAAUGUAAUGGUUUUUGGGGGAAGAGAUGCUUCUGGGAAGUUGCUUUCAACAGUUGAAGUUUAUUAUCCAAAACGAGAUCAAUGGAUACUGGCUAAGCCGAUGCCAGAAGCAAUUAUGGGAAUGUCAGUAGCAGUCUUAGAUGGUUGUGUUUGGAUAGUUGGUGGAAUAAUAAAUGAAGGUCAUUCUUCCAGAUAUACUGUGUCAAACCAUGUAUAUACUUUUGAUACUCAGCAACAGAGAUAUUAUCGUAAAAUAUUGCUGCCAGAGCCUCGAGCAUUCAGUUGUGCUGCUAGUUUGAAGCAUGAAUUAUGGGUAUGGUGUGGAUUAAAAGAUGCAUUAAGUGAAGAAGGUUUACCAGUCAGUACAAAUACAGUCUAUGUUUAUAACCCUGAAAUUACAAAUUGGGAGCAACAUGCUGCUAUUGGUACGCCAAAACAUGCUGCAGCUGCAGCUAAAUUUGGAAGAAGAGUAUAUCUUUUUGGCGGCAUGAGCAGUGUUUCAGGCUCAAAAGAAGUACUUAAUGAAAAUGAUCAUUACAACAGGGAAAAUGACAAAUAUUUUGAGGGAGCAUCACUACCAUCUCCUCUUACUGGAUCAGCUGCUAUAGCCUUACCUAUUGAUUACAUAGCCACAAGUGAUCCUAAAUGGAAUUUUGAAAAUCUUGAUGAAUCUGCAUACAAUGAAGCUGCUACAAAAAUUCAGGCUGCUUAUCGGGGUUAUCGGACGAGAAGUUUGGUGUCAAAUCAUAAACUUCUGAUGUAUUCUUCCGAUGCAGACUUAAUAACAAAAAAUAAUAGAAUGAAUUCAUAUCAAAAUUCUGCUAAUGGAUCAUAUAGUGAUAAAUGGAAAUUAUUUCAAAGAGUUCAGAUUGAUGAUUGGCCUCCUGUACCUGACCCUAGGAGUUCAUCAUCUGAAUUAAAUGUUCAGCUAGGAACACUUCCACCUGGUUACACUGUAACUGCUAGCAAUAGUAAAACUAAAGUAAAACGUUAUGUUCCGUUGCCAGAGCAUUGUGAUCCAAAUUUAGCAAUGUGUGGUCAUUUAUGUAAUGUAUACAAGAAAACAAGAAAUGUUUUAGGUCUGCGUAAAGUUGAACACAUGCCUUCAUUUGCCAAAAAUAUGCUCACUGUAACUACUCUGCAAGAUGAUUCAUUGCCUGUUGUGCUGGUAAUGGGAGGAUUACAACCUAGAGAUCCUGUUAAUUUGAGUUAUGCUUUUUUAAUAUGUAGGAAAGCUUAUUAUGAGAUAUCAUCCAUUGAAAAAUCGUUGGGAAUAUUUUGGUGUACUGCCAGAACCAAGAAAUUAUCAUGCUGCUGUUUAUUAUCAGGAGUUUAUUUAUGUAACUGGUGGUUGUGAUCCUGAUAAAAGAAACAGUGGGGAAAUGGUUUCAACUAAUACUACAUACUGUUUAAAUAUUCAUUCAAGUGAAUGGACACAAAAGGCUGAUAUGAAUUGUUACAGAGCACAUCACUGUCUUAUUGUUG